AUGAGUGAAGCAAAUACUUCAUCAAAUGCUGCAAUUGAAGUUUCUAGUCCUUAUUUCCUCGGAUCGUCUGAUAAUACGAGUACGAUUCUAGUAUCCAAAGUAUUCGAUGAAACUGGAUUUGCUACUUGGAAACGAUCGAUGACGCUUGCUCUUAUUGCUACGAACAAAUUCUGUUUUGUUGAUGGAUCGUUAUCAUCUCCUAGAGCUGAUUCACCUUUGAUUUCAAAUUGGGAUCGUGUCAAUUCUAUGGUCAUUUCUUGGAUCUUGAACUCAUUGAAUAAGGAUAUUGCUGAAAGUGUCCUUUUCUUUCAAACAGCAAAUGAAAUUUGGGUGGAAUUGAAUCAAAGGUAUGCACAAUCUAAUGGAGCAAUGAUAUAUCAGAUUCAGAAACAACUGUAUUCUAUUAUUCAAGGAUCUGAAGAUUUCUCAACAUAUUUCACCAAAAUCAAACAUGUUUUGGAUGAAUUAAGGAUGAUUCAAGAAGUACCUACAUGUACUUGUAGUUUUGCUGCUAUUCUAAAGAAAUUCAUGGAAGAUCAAUGUUUAAUUCAGUUACUCAUGGGAUUAAAUGAUUCGUAUAAAUCUAUAAGAGGACAGAUCCUGAUGAUGAGUCCUCUUCCUACUAUUUCUACUGUUUAUUCUAUCUUGAUCCAUGAAGAAUGA